CUGUACAACUCACUUCAGCUUCCCUGUUUUCAUAGACCUUACUUGGAGCGAAGUAUUCCUUCCGGUCACGGGUAAAUGUCCUUUUGGGAAAUUCGGUCGGCAGUGCCGACUCACUUGCCAUUGCAAAGAUGACGUUGAUUGUGAUGACGUAGGUGGGUCAUGUCCGGGACCCUGUUCUGAAGGGUGGUCUGGACCCAGCUGUCAGCCUCCAGCUCACCACAUCAACCAGCUCCAGCUCACCACAUCACCCAGCUCCAGCUCACCACAUCACCCAGCUCCAGCUCACCACAUCACCCAGCUCCAGUUCACCACAUCACCCAGCUCCAUGUGCUCAGAAUUCACUUUUGGUAUGAACUGUUCUCAAGAGUGCUCCUGCUCUGAUCCCAGAGAAAACUGCAAUGGUAUCACUGGCUCGUGCAACUCAGGAUGUAGAGAUGGAUACACGGGGAUCACUUGCACAUCACCUUGCCCAGGCCAUUACGGGAAGGAGUGCCGGUAUAAAUGCGGUCACUGCUACGGGAACCUGUCAUGUAAUCAUGAAACUGGAAAGUGUCCUCAUGGUUGUGCUCCUGGUUGGACCGGGCCGUUCUGUCAGCAAGCCUGUCACACGGGCACUUACGGUAUAGAUUGUGUCCAUCUUUGUCACCGCUGCUUGGACAACGCAACCUGUGACCCACAAACGGGUAACUGUCCUUGGAGAUGUGAACCAGGAUGGAAAGGAGUCAGGUGUGACACAGAAUGCGAGUCGGGACGUCAUGGUCAGAACUGUGCAUUUCCAUGUGGUCACUGCUACGGUGCCUUUCCUUGCGACAGACACACAGGAAUGUGUCCAUCCGGUUGCAACUCCGGUUUCGAGGGUCUUUUCUGUACCAAAG